UUGUUGCAGCAAAAAGAAUUCCAUCGUGUUGCGGACGCAGCUUUCGGUCAGAGUUCACACCAUUAUAGAGAAACUGUUGACGUCGGAAGGUAGGGAUUUGCGGAGGGCACUCUUCUCGUUGAAGCAGAUCUUCCAGGAGGACAAGGACCUGGUGCACGAGUUCGUGCAGAACGAUGGACUGACUUGUCUGAUAAAGGUCGGCUCCGUUGCCGAUCAAAAUUACCAGAACUACAUUUUGCGAGCGCUCGGACAAGUCAUGCUCUAUGUGGACGGAAUGAACGGCGUCAUGGAUCACAACCAGACGGUCCAAUGGUUGUACACGCUGAUCUCCUCCAAGUUCAGAUUAGUGGUGAAGACGGCUCUCAAGUUGCUGCUGGUGUUCGUCGAAUACACAGACUCCAAUUGUAAACUGUUGAUUCGAGCAAUACAAGCGGUGGAUUGCAAUCAGGGUCUGCUACCGUGGCACAACAUCAUGAAACUCCUGAAGGACUUCGAUUCCGCCGACACGGAGCUCCUGAUUUACGCCACCACCCUGAUAAACAAAUGCUUGAACGGCGUGCCGGAUCAGGACACCUACUACGAUCAGACUGAUGCGCUGGAAGAGCAGGGAAUCGAGAAUAUUAUCAAGAGGUACAUGUCGAAACCGGGCACGGAUUUGGAUCUGCUGCAGCAGUUUCAAAUCUAUGAGGCGGUACUACAGUACGAAGACGGCGAGGAUAAGGGCACGCCGAUCAGGCAUUUGGACGAGAGCAUCCGGAAGACGCUGAUGAGCAGGAAAUCGUUGAUAGACUCUGCGGAGAGGCGAAAGAGCCGAAGACAUUCGACCUGCACCACGCCAGUCCACGGGAAUCUGAACAACAAUAACGUGAUUAAGAGCACCCCGCUGCUGUCGAACAACGAGGAAGACGAUGAAUCCUCCAGUUCGCAAUCCUCGAACGGAUUGAACCAAAUGAACGGAAGCUACAGAGAUUCCAGUAAAGGUAACGAUGUGGGGGUGACUCCUGCUUUGAGGAGGAGACGUGAACGAGCCGAAAGACAGAGGAGUUUCAUGAAGGAGCAGCAGGAGAACGCUAACCUUUUGCGCAGCAAUUCGACGACCAAUUCGGAUGACAUCAACGAAAAUGGUAAUUAUACGAACGGUCUGCAACAGAGAUUAUCGAACGGCAAUAACGUGCUGAACAGAAAUUCGAGUCGCAAAGAUCUGACACCGUACUUGAACGCCGUGAACAAGUUAGAUUCUGAGGAGAACAAUGGUCUCAGUAAGCAGCAGCCGUGGAUCAUGUACAAAGACGACCAAAACAACGACCAGGAGAACGACGAAGAUUCGGAAAACGCGAACGAGAACGAUCGAAAAAUGCUGAUCCAACUGAAGAAGGAGAACACAGUGAAGGAUCUCACGCAGAAGCUCUCGAACCAGAAUAUCCUUCUGCACAGUCCCUCCUCGGAGGACAAUAAAAUAAACAGGAUAGAGGGAAUGACCGGUUUGAUAAGCAAGGCCAAAGAGGGUUUAGCUAAAUCCAAGUCGCAGGCUAACGUCGUGAAGAGCGCGACAGGCGACAACAUCCCGAAAGUCGUCGAGGUGAAGAAGUCGGAGAACGAGCUGAGAUGGGAGGAACUCGUAUCGGGGAUGAGCAGACCGCUGAAUCUCUGCGACAUGGACUUUACGGAUUUGGGAUCCGAAGAUGAGGCAGACAUCCUGGCUCCUGUCACAGUGACGAACGGUAUACCGCCGCCUCCGCCACCUCUGGACGUGGGCGCCGCUCCACCGCCUCCACCCAGAUUCGCACCGCCUGUCCCCAGUCCUCCAGUCUUCGGCAUCAACUUGCAGAAAAUGUCCAACAAACCCACCGAAACGAAGAUCCCCGUCAAGAAGAACAAGAAGACGGUGAAGUUGUUCUGGAAGGAGGUACGCGAUGAACCCAUGCAGACCGUCAAGCUGAAAACUGGGUACAUCUGGGACGAGCUGAAUCCCGUCUCAGUGGACACGCAGAAGCUCGAACAUCUCUUCGAGUCCAGGGCUAAAGACCUCAUUAACAAAAAGCAGCAAGAGUUGAACAAGAACAAGGAGAUCAUCGUGCUGGAUCCGAAGAGGUCGAACGCCAUAAACAUCGGAAUGACGAAGCUACCGCCUCCCAGAUCCAUAAAGACUGCCAUCCUCAAGAUGGACGCAACCAUCAUGAAUCGGGAAGGUAUCGAAAAGCUGCUGACGAUGCUUCCCACCGAAGAGGAACGAAGCAAGAUUCAGGAGGCGCAAGCCGCCAAUCCCGAUUUACCACUGGGAAGCGCCGAACAGUUCCUUCUCACUCUAGCUUCGAUCUCCGAGUUGCCGGCACGUUUGAAACUGUGGGCCUUCAAGUUGGACUUUGAGAACACGGAAAGGGAGAUUGCCGAGCCUCUGAUGGAUUUGAAGCAGGGCUACGAAGUACUCAGAAUCAACAAGACCUUUCGGGGUAUAUUGAGCACUUUGCUGUCGAUCGGUAACUUCCUGAACGGCAACGAGGUCAAAGGUUUUCAGAUCGAGUACCUAAGCAAGGUGCCCGAAGUUAAGGAUACUGUUCACAAGCACUCUUUGCUGCAUCACCUGUGUCAUAUCGUGAUGGAGAAAUUCCCCGACGCAACUGACUUGUAUUCCGAGAUUGGAGCAAUUACACGGGCUUCGAAAGUGGACUUCGAUGAGUUGGCUUUGAAUAUCCAGAGGCUGGAAGCGGAUUGCAAAGCUUCCUGGGAUCAUUUGAAGCUGAUCGCGAAGCACGACGGGUCCACCAUGAAGUCUAAGAUGAUGGACUUCCUCGCAGAUUGUGCCGAACGCAUCAUCCUCUUGGGAAUCAUACAGAGGAGAGUUAUGAAUAGGUUUCACAAAUUCUUGCUCUGGCUCGGAAUACCGAGUCACCAAAUCUCGGACAGCAAGCCAAACGAAUUCUGCAGGAUCGUCUCCGAGUUCGCUUUGGAGUACAGGACGACCAGGGAACGAGUGCUGCAGCAACUGGAGAAGAAAGCGAACCAUCGGGAGAGGAACAAAACUCGCGGGAAAAUGAUCACAGAGACUGCCAAGUUUCGGACGACCGAGGAUAGAGCCGACGCUGAACUGCGGCAACUCCUGGGCAGCGACAUCUCCGACGUGGAGAGCAUGCAGGGCACUCUGACGUUCAGGAGGACGAGGAAGGAUGGUAACAGAUCUUUGAUGGGAACGAUGAAAGGUCAUCUGCACGACGGAGACGACGAGAUCUUGGAUUGCCUGGUGAAGACUGCAACGAAAGCUCCGACGUCGCGGACUGCUCCCAGGGAGAGGAAGAGGACCAGACACGCCGAUAGAAAAUCACUAAAACGAUCGAGAACGAGAGAGAAUCCAUUCGGUCACCGCGAUUCUCCUUAAAAUAUUGUUGUGAGAAGAACCCUAAAGAAUGGAUUAUCCGAGGAGGAGAAGAAGCACCUCUCAAUGUGCCUUUACUGACCGAAGAAAACAAACAAAC